AACACCAACACCAACACCAACAUCAACACGAACGCCAACACCAACGCCAACACCAACACCAACACCAACACCAACAUCAACACGAACGCCAACACCAACACCAACACCAACACCAACACCAACACCCCCUGGAAAGAAUCCACCACCAACUCCAACACCAACACUAGGUCAAAGCAACCCCCCUCCAGCACCUUUACCGAGUCAAAACAGUGCACCACGAACACCACCAACUCAGAACAAUCCACCACCAACACCUACACCUGGUAAGCCCAACCCUUUUCCAGCACCUUCACCGGGUCAAAUCAAUCAUUCGCAAGCACCACCUCAACAUAAUUCACCACUAGCACCAUCACCGGGUAAAAACAAUCAUUCGCCUGCACCACCGCCUAUGAAUAAUCCACCGUUAAUAUCGUCACCUCAAAAUAAUCCACCACUAGCCCCACCAUCAGGACAAAACAAUCCUCCACGAGCACCACCACCUCAGAACAAUCCAUCAUUAGCCCCAUCACCAGGACGAAAUAAUCCUCCACGAGCACCACCACCUUUGAACAAUCUACCACCAUCACCAUCACCAAGUCAUAGCAACCCUACUCCAGCACCUUCACCAGGUCGAAACAAUCCUCAACGAGCACCACCAUCACCAUCACCAAGUCGGAACAAUCCACCGCCACCAACAUCAUCAAGUCAGAACAAUCCACCGCCACCCCAGCCAAACAAUCGACCGCCACCACCUUUACCUAGUCAAAACAGUCAUCCACCACCACCAUCACGUGGUUGGAACAAUCCCCCACAAGUUCCACUACCUCAGAACAUCCAUCCACCACCACCUCCACCAAAUCUAAAUAAUCCUCCUCCACCACCUUUAGUAAGUCGAAACAAUCCUCCCCCACCACCAUCCCCAGGUCGAAACAAUCUUCGACAAUCUUCCUCCACCACCACCACCACCAAGUUUGAACAAUUUGCGACCACCCCCACCAAUUAUCCAUCAAAAUUGAGUCAAUAUGAGCUAGAUGAUUCCUUGAAAUAAGAGUUGUCAAAACUUAGUUGUCAACAGCUUCUAAUAUGAUCGAUUACCUAUAUAAUACUAUAUAUUAUAUAAAUAUAGUAAUAUAUAACUGCUUUUGUAACUGCUUUAAUGAAAUUUGGUUUCCUCUUGCAA